CGGAACCAUCUCGGGACGACCCCUAAGACUACCGCACGGGAACGGGACGGGUGCUCCGAGGCCUUGGAAGCCUUCAUCCUAUCGUAACAGUUCGGCCAGCAGCUUCAAGAAAACAAUCUUCCGCCCCCCUGUAGCGUGCGCGUCGCGUUCCUUGGCCAGCAGCCAUCUCGCCGCCCGAGUACUGCGAUCCGCCGCAGCGCGAGGAAGUGGGGUCGAAAAGGUUUUAGUUGACUUUUUUUGUUGUUUUUGCUCGCCGAGAGGUGUGUUGUUGUUUGCGAGAGCGUGUGACUUCGAAAAGGGUGUGUGGCAAGGAACUCCCGGAGGAAGUGAUUUCACAGUUUCGUGCCAGGACCGGGUGCGUGUGUGUGUGUGUGUGCGCACGCCAUAGAAUCAGGAGAAGGGUUAGCGAUGUUUACUUGCCACUGCCUAAACGUGUCGAUAGCCAUAAACGAUGAAACUGUGCUGGAAAGGUUGAAAUCAAACUCUAAUCUGCCGCGUCCGGUCAUUGCCGGCAACACCGGUGCCGUGGCGGAGCUGCAAACGCCGCGAGAGCUAGCGAACUUCUUCAAGGAGGCCAUCGGACCAUUGGCGGAGGUCGACGUGCGCGUCCGGCUGACGACGCUGCUGAAGACAAUCCCGUGCGAAGGAUGGCAAAUCGGGAAGUGUGUGAACUGUGACUGUCACGUGUUUGCGCGCGAUGCGCGAAACCCGUCGAAUCUCAUCGUCAACGCGUCGCUUGUGACCACCAACGAAACGAUUAGCCGGCUGGCGACGCUAGAGAACUACUCGCAAACCUACCAACUGGUGCUCGAUCCACGCUCGAACGGCUUCCGGGGCUUCUUCCGGAAGGACCAGUACCGCGGCCUGUUCACCGCGACCGCCAACACCGUCGACAGUACGAACGAUCGGAACGAGCUGCUGGAAACGUUCCGCGAGUUUAUGCUCGCGCAAACGCAGGCCGUCAACGAGCGGAUCGCUCGUUUCACUCAAGAGCAGAACGAGCUGCUGUCGGGCAUCCGCGAUCGGGCCGAGCAAGAUUUUCUUUUCCUCGCGCAAUCAUUUGUACCUGAGCUAGUAGAUAGCGCACGUGGCACCGCCGCCGCCGGGGUCGCUUUGUUGGCCCGCUCCGACAGUGAUCGCCGCAUGGUGGUAGAAGAGGAACAAUCGCAACCGGCGAUGGGCGACGACGGACAACAACGAACGGCGGACGGAUCGACGGUGUUGAACCCGUCGAAAGCACUCGAGCAGCUGCUCGCUGCCGCCGCUACCGAACCAGUGACACCCAGUGCCGUCGGAAGUGAGAUGGAAACGCCGCCACCGACACCGGAGUGUAUGCCAAUGUCGACUGGCAAUAGUCCACCGUCCAUCGCGGCCACUUCCGCUAGCGGUGGCAGCACCUCUUCGUCGGUGGCCUCGAAAACUAACGGAGCGCGCAGCGUCGUCGUCGGACCUCUCGAUGGUGGUGGCGCCGCGAGCGUUUUUCAGAGCCGCGCGGCUGGUCCGUUCAACAGCAACGCAGGGAACACCAUUAAUAACAACCACGCGAAAACUACUACUAGUGGUAGUAUCAACCUAGGUGCCAUCAACAAUAAAGCUACACUAGCGCAGCAGCUACAUUCCACCAGUACAAAUCGAUUUGCCAAUCACCCGUCACCGAUGGCGGCGCCGGUGGUCAGUUCCGGCGGUGGUCUGACGAUGACGGGCAGCGCGGGCUCUCACGCGCGGUUCAGUAGCGGACAGCAACAGCAGCAAAGUUCGCCCGACUCGGACUGCCUGUUCGAUAUCGAUGGCAUGGAGAACGACAAAACGCCGCCGCCGGAUACCUUCUCCGACGAGGAUGAGUGCGAUUUCGACGACGCUACCGACAAUAACAACCGGGAGGGUGGGGUGUGCAUCCCGCGCUACCAACAGUACGGUCGGCAGCACAGCUCGAUCGCGAAAAGUCUUCCCAUUUCGGCGCCGAAGACAAUGACACAGUUCCGCGCGAACGAAGAUGAUCUCGAUGAGAUGACGGAGGACAAUGUAGAUAUUGCGGCCAGCAUAAAGGCGCUGGCCAGAAGCGUCCAUGGGGACGCCGUGUUCGGUGAUCUGCCUCGGCCGCAGGUGCAACGAUUCAACGAUUCGCAAAUCUGAAGCCAGCAAGCGACCGGAAGCAACAAAGGGUCGUGGGCCCGCGAAAACCACGUAACGGUUCACUCUACAACAACCACACACAGGCAACCGUGCAGGCCGGCUAUACUGCACUUCUCUGAAGUUGGCCAAAUAGUUUACCCGUAUAGUUUGCUUCCGACUCAGUUCUGAUUGUCUCUGAUUGGGGAGAGCGUCGCCUUAUGCUUACCACACUCUGCCCCACACAAACAGUUAAGAGAUAAGGAGACGCGAAUC